GCCCCUGCUGAAAGAAGACAGGUUUUUCAAAGUGAGCUUCAGAGAGUGGGUUUUGAGGGUGCUAAAGUGUUGCGUGAACUUGGGAACAAAGUGAGAAGGAUGGAGAAAUUAGGUCCAGUGGACAUACUUUAUGAAGUGCAUGAGGCUGCAGAAGAGUUGCAAAAGAAGAUUGACCAGAAAUCAUUCCUUCUUGUCAAUUCUGAGAACUGGGAAAUUGGAAACCGGCCGGAGCUGGGAGAUCCCCAGGAUUUUCUGAACUUGGAUGAAGAAAGUAAAAUCCUUCAAUACAAGUCCCUGAGUGAAACUGUACUAGAUCUCAGAUCGGUUCCAGUUUCAACUAGUUGGGAUAGGAAGGUCCCAAUGGGCAUGAGUUCCGCCCUGGCUGCUGGUGUUCCUCCAGAAAACGUGCUCGUGAAACAAAUAUCAUGGCCCCGACGUAUUUCAUUUAAUGCUGAUGCAGUGCUGAUAGAGGAAGAAUCAAAAACUUAUGAAAAUGCUAGCGCACUGUCAUUAGCCACGUUUGUAUCUCUUUUGAUUGAAUUUGUUGCAAGGCUUCAAAAUCUUGUCGACUCGUUUGAAGAAUUGAGUGACAAAGCAAACUUCAAGGAUCCUGUUGAGCAACCAUCAACAUUAGAGCCCGAGGGGCUUUGCAACAGAUUGUUCAACUUCCUAAAGUCCCGGAACUCGAGACGUCAUCUACUCAGUUAA